AUGGUGUUCGGGUUGCCUGUACUGAGGGUGGUCACCAGCAACCGGCCCCCUUAUGUCUUCCAUAAUGAGUACGCGGCAAACAACUCAAAGGCAACAGAAUGGUACGGCAUGCUGGUAGACUUGCUGCCGAUGGUAUUCAACGCUGCCAAGACCGACGCCAGCUUCUCCUAUUAUAAGGCGCCGACUGAUGAGGGAGGUUCUCUUGUAAAUGGCAGCUGGACAGGUAUUAUUGGCGAGAUCACAAAAGGCAAUGCGGAUAUUGCGGCCUUCCCUCUUACAUUGUCCCCUGGGCGCACAGACGUAAUCGACAUGAGUUACCCCUUCUAUACUGGAGGCUUGGGGAUGCUUGUGAAGAAGCUGCCUGCAUCUGGUCAUGGGGUCACGACUUUCCUCCAGCCGUUCCAAACAAGCCUUUGGGUGGCCCUUAUAUUCACCGUCAUUGGGAUCACUGUUGUGCUCUACCUAAUAUCGUUUCUAUCACCAUACGGCUGCUACCAAGAGAAAAAGAUCCGAAACGUGUCGGCGAAAGACCAGCCAGCCACAAAGUUCGUCAUUGAGGACAAGAACGGCUCCUUCUUGGUGGACGCCUUAAUGGCUACCAUGCUGAACGCUCCAAUGCCCGGCAGCUCUAGCUGGUCCAUCCGAAUUCCAAGCCUCGUCUUCUACGCGUUUAUGAUGAUCGUGAUUGCCGCGUUCACGGCAAACCUAGCGAGCGUUCUGACGGUCAAUGCAACGACAUCUGUGGCCAGUAGUCUUGUGGACCUGAGGCGAGACAACCUGCCUUUCAUCGUGAACUCUGGGGGCGCGGACUUGUCUUAUUUCCGGAACAGCGUGGACCCGAAUGUUUUGGCGGUCCAAGGCCUGCUUCAGACCGCCAUCGGCCAAGCGCAGUCUUUGGCGGUAGUCCAAUCUGGGGCGGUGACUGCUUACUUCGCUCAGCUCCCGGUGGUACUCUACGCAGCUGGCCAGGCGCCGUGCAACCUGGAAGUUGUGGGACCGGUGAUCGGACCCGGGCUGUACUGCUUCGCUCUGCCAAAGAACUCCAGUUACACUAGCAUUGUGAACAGGGGCCUGUUGCAGCUGAGCGAAUCCGGGCUUCUGAACCAGGUCCAAAGGCGGUGGAUCGACGAUCAAAGCGUCUGCAAAGACGUCCAGGUAUCCAACCUGGCGCUUGGCAUAAGCGACUUUGCCGGACUGUGGUACAUUCUCUUCGCGGCGAUCGGUCUCGGCAUCCUGGUGGCGGCCACCGAACGCAUUCUGUCCGCUAUACUGACGCGGUCGCCCGCCGCACGCAACUUCCAGCGAAGGCUGAAGAAGCGCUUCAGCAGCACGGCAAGAAGUACACUCUGA